AUGAGUGAGGAUCAGGGUCUGAGAGUAAAGGGCCACUCAAACAAGCUUGAAAUAAUUUGCCUGCUGAAUGAUGUUUUGUGUUUGACGUGUGUUUGCUCUGCUUCAGCAGGUCUUUCUUCAGGAUUUGCAUCUGCAAGUUCGGUUUCGUUUGCAGACUUGACCAAGAGUGCAGAGGAGUUUGCAUUUGCUAAAAAAGAUCCUCAUUUUACUUGGUCAAACGCCGGAGCCAAAGUUUUUGGAUGUGCAGUGACACAAAAUGAAGACAAAGAGGAGGGCUGUGAUGAUGAUAAUGACGAGAUCCUCUUUGAGCCAAUCGUGUCUCUGCCUGAGGUGGAGGUCAAGUCCGGUGAGGAGGACGAAGAGAUCCUGUUCAAAGAAAGAGCCAAACUGUACCGUUGGGAUCGUGAGCUCAAUCAGUGGAAGGAGCGUGGCGUUGGAGACAUUAAGAUCCUCUUCCACCCCGUGAAAAAGCGCUACCGUGUGGUGAUGAGACGCGAGCAGGUGCUAAACGUCUGUGCCAACCACACCAUCACCCAGAGCAUCACGCUCAAGCCCAUGAACACCUCGGCUAACGCACUGGUGUGGACCGCCAACGACUACUCCGAAGGAGUCGAGAAAGUCGAGCAGCUUGCGGCCAAGUUCAAGACUCCAGAGCUGGCCGACUCCUUCAGACGAGUAUUCACAGACUGCCAGAGCUGCAUGUCGCAGACUGAUGCUGCUCAGACGUCUGCCACCGAGGCGCUUUCCCAAGAGUCCAACCCUGUGGUGUUCUUCAACAUCAGCAUAGAUGGUGAGGAUGCUGGGAGGAUCAUCAUGGAGCUCUUCGCUCACAUUGUCCCCAAAACAGCGGAGAACUUCCGGGCUCUGUGUACAAGAGAGAAAGGCUUCGGUUACCACCAGUCUGUUUUCCACAGGAUCAUCCCUGGCCUCAUGUGUCAGGGUGGUGAUAUCACCAACCAGGAUGGGACGGGUGGAAAAUCCAUCUACGGAAGUAAGUUUGAAGACGAGAGCUUCGAUGUGAGGCACACAGGGCCAGGGCUGCUGUCCAUGGCCAACCAUGGCAGAGAUACCAACAACUCACAGUUCUUCAUCACCCUCAAGAAAGCAGAGCACUUGGACUUCAAGCACGUGGCCUUCGGCUUUAUCAAAGAGGGCAUGGAUGUGGUGAGGAGAAUCUGCAUGCUGGGCACUAAAGAUGGGAAACCCACGAAAACUAUCACCAUCUCAAAGUGUGGACAGAUUAAGUGAAAUUUUUUAUGCAAACAACUGUUCAUCAUGUUUGAGAUUGUGUUAAUAAAUUGCACAGCAUUAGUUUACAGUGAAACUUAUGCUUUGCAAAAAAGAAGAAAAAACAGUUAUGUUUUUGAUUAGAGCCCACAAUUUACAGCACAAGUAAACAGAAAUAACUUUGCACUUUUUUUAAACUAUAGUUUACCUAUACAAGACACUAUAAAAUGUGAAUAAAAUAA